AUGCCUCCCCCGCGCAAGCGGCCGCAGCCUACUGCAAGACCGACUGCACGACCGUCUGUGAAGUCGGUGCCAGUCGCGAAGACGACCGUCAAUAAUGUCGCCGAGAAGUCAACUCCACUGGCUGCAAAGGCACAAAGCCACGCGCAAGAUCCUCACAAAGAGGAUCAUGCCCACGUCGCCGCCAAAAACCGCAGAGCCGACCCAUUCGACGCGCUGCUGGAACCAUUCUACUAUAACAAGUCAUUGACGGAUCCUAUCAAUACUGCACGAGAUAAGUGGAACUUGCUGCCGGCAUUUUUGAAAGUCAAGGGUCUAGUGAAGCAGCAUAUCGAUUCCUACAAUUACUUUAUUGAGGUCCAACUCAAGAAAAUCGUGGAGGCAAGUUCGACGAUAUACAGCGAUGCGGAUUCCGCAUUUUUCCUCAAGUUCACCGAUAUCUACGUUGGAAGUCCUCGCAGAAGCGAUGAGCCCAAGGAUAGCGUGGAGUCUGACUCGACCGUUACCCCAAACGAGUGCCGAUUGCGGGAUAUGACCUACGCCGCCCCGAUUUUCGUGGAUUUCACAUACAAGCGUGGAAAGGAUAAAGUCACACAACGCCGUGUACCCAUCGGUCGCAUGCCUAUUAUGCUGAGGAGUUCAAAAUGUGUCCUGUCGAACAAGAAACCCAACGAAAUGCACCUGCUCAACGAAUGUCCACUUGAUCCAGGCGGUUACUUCAUCGUCAACGGCACAGAGAAGGUCAUCUUGGUCCAGGAGCAGCUCAGCAAGAAUCGUAUCAUUGUCGAAACGGAUCCGAAGAAAGAAAUCGUUCAAGCCUCCGUCACUAACGUGCCGUUGGUGAUUGUCCUCAAAGCAAUGGGUGUUCAUUCUGACAAGGAGAUGAUGCUCCUCGUGGCCGGUAUUGAUGAUGUCUACCAAGAAGACUUUGCCAUCAACUUCGAGGAAGCUAUCAAACAAAACGUUUUUACACAGCAGCAGGCUCUUGACUGGAUCGGUUCCAAGAUCAAGAUCAAUCGAGGCAAGGUUGGCGGAUAUAAGAAAACCCACACCGAGGAGGCUAUUGAGGCCAUCUCAUCUGUCAUUAUCUCGCAUGUGGAGGUCACCGAUAUGGAUUUUAGACCCAAGGCCAUCUACGUGGCCAACAUGGCAAGGCGUGUGCUGAUGGCCAAGCACGAUUCUGAUAUGGUCGACGAUCGAGAUUACGUAGGAAACAAACGACUGGAACUUGCUGGACAACUUCUCGCCCUUUUAUUCGAAGAUUUAUUUAAGAAAUUUCAAUUCGACAUCAAAAUGAACAUCACCAAAGUGCUAGGCAAGAGGCGUCGCGAAAUCUUUGAUGCUAUGAGCGUCGUCACGCUGCAUGGAAACCACAUCACCCACGGAAUGAACAGAGCUAUUUCAACUGGAAAUUGGAGUCUUAAGCGUUUCAGAAUGGAACGUGCUGGUGUGACCCACGUUUUGAGCCGACUCAGUUAUAUUGCAGCCCUGGGUAUGAUGACCCGUAUUUCCAGUCAGUUCGAGAAGACACGAAAAGUCAGUGGUCCUCGUGCUCUACAACCUUCACAAUUCGGCAUGCUUUGUCCGUCUGAUACCCCAGAAGGUGAAGCAUGUGGUCUAGUCAAGAAUUUGGCGCUCAUGACACACAUUACAACAAACGACGAAGAGGGUCCAGUGUCAAAGCUGGUGUUCAUGUUAGGGGCCGAGGACAUAACCACGCUAAGUGGUAAAGAAAUUUAUGGUCUUGGAGCUUAUAUCAUUUCCAUGAACGGUACACCGAUAGCUCUGACUCGGCGGCCCAAAUACUUCUUGAACGCUUUCCGACGACUGCGACGGAUGGGCCGCAUUUCUGAGUUCGUGAGCAUCUAUAUCAACCACCAUCAACGUGCAGUGCACAUCGCCACUGACGAUGGACGAAUUUGCCGGCCACUCAUCGUCGUUGAGAAUGGCAAACCUCUAGUCAAAUCUGGUCAUCUGGAGAAACUACGGGAUGGCUCGAUGCAGUUCGACGAUUUCCUUGCUCAAGGCCUAGUCGAAUACUUGGAUGUGAACGAGGAGAAUGACUCGAAUAUUGCUAUUUACGAAAAAGACGUUAUCGACAUAACCACACAUCUCGAAAUUGAGCCCUUCACUAUUCUUGGAGCUGUCGCUGGUCUCAUUCCAUACCCACAUCACAACCAGUCGCCGCGUAACACUUACCAAUGUGCUAUGGGUAAACAAGCCAUUGGCGCUAUUGCAUCCAAUCAGUUCUUGCGGAUAGACUCGCUUCUCUAUCUGAUGGUGUAUCCUCAAAAGCCGAUGGUCAAAACACGCACCAUCGAACUUAUCAAGUAUGAUCAACUUCCUGCGGGUCAAAAUGCAACUGUUGCCGUGAUGAGUUAUUCAGGUUACGAUAUUGAAGAUGCCCUCGUGUUGAACAAGGGCUCUGUUGAUAGAGGCUUUGGUCGUUGUCAGGUUUUCCGCAAGUACGUGGCUAACCUGAAGAGCUAUCCGAAUGGAUCAGAAGAUAGACUUCGGGGACCCGAAAUUGGCGAAGGAGGAGUGCCGAUUACAAAGCAUUCUCUUCUAGACAGUGAUGGGUUGGCUGCAGUGGGCGAGGUAGUUAGCCAUGGUCAAGUGUAUAUCAACAAGGAAGUUCCUGCCGCCGCGUUUUCGGCUGGCAUCACGGGAUCGGAUAUGGGCAGACCACCAGACUAUAACCCAGCACCCAUGACUUACAAACUGCCUGACCCAAGUUACAUUGACAAAGUCAUGGUCUCGGUCACUGAAGGAGAGAGCAAGAUCUACAAGGUUCAGACACGUCAAACACGUCGACCUGAAGUGGGAGACAAGUUCUCUUCUCGUCACGGACAGAAAGGUGUCGUCGGUAUCAUUGCCGAGCAGGCGGACAUGCCAUUCACUGACCAGGGUAUUGUGCCUGACAUCAUCAUGAACCCUCACGGUUUCCCGUCUCGAAUGACAGUUGGAAAAUUGCUAGAGCUCGUAGCAGGCAAAGCUGGCGUUCUCUCAGGCCAACACGGCUACGGGACAGCCUUCGGCGGUAGCCCUGUCGAGCAAAUGUCUGCUAUUCUGGUGGACAAGGGAUUCAGUUACGGUGGCAAAGAUUACCUAACAUCUGGAAUCACAGGCGAGCCUCUACCAUUCUACGUCUUUACGGGUCCCAUUUACUAUCAGAAAUUGAAACACAUGGUCCAAGACAAGAUGCAUUCUCGUUCCACUGGACCACGCGCCACUCUAACCCGCCAACCAACCGAAGGUCGUUCCCGAGACGGUGGUCUACGUCUCGGAGAGAUGGAGCGAGAUUGUUUGAUUGCCUACGGCACAAGUCAGCUCCUUCUUGAGCGUCUCAUGUUAUCCUCUGACAAGCAUGAAGUCGAUAUCUGCGAGAAAUGUGGAUUCAUGGGUUAUCAGAACUGGUGUCAACGUUGUCGCUCGUCGAGAGGAGUAGUCAAAAUGACGAUUCCGUAUGCGGCGAAGUUGUUGAUCCAGGAAUUGUUGAGUAUGAAUGUUACGGCUCGUUUGAAGUUGGAGGAUGAGUUUCCGGAAAAGAAGGGUAUGUAG